AAAGUACCACUAAAUACAUACCAUGGAAAAUAAAGGAAAACAACCACAUAGCAAGUCUUACUUCGCGCCAUUAUUUGCGGGCGCUGUAGCCGGUGUUUCAGUAGAUGUGACCCUCUACCCAUUAGACACCCUCAAAACUCGGUUGCAGAGUCAACAGGGAUUCCAUAAAGCCGGUGGUUUCUCUGGAGUUUAUAGAGGCUUACUAACAGUGGCAACAACGUCUAUACCUACAACGUCAUUAUUUUUCAUGUCAUAUGAGACCACUAAGAAAGCAUUUGAACCGAUGGUGAAGACUCAGUAUGCCCCACUUGUGCAUAUGUUGGCAGCGAGUGUCGGGGAAGUGUUAGCCUGUAUAAUCAGAGUUCCAACUGAGAUAGCAAAACAAAGGAAGCAAACGUACACCGGUUCUGAGAAGCGCAGCAGCAUCCGGAUACUUGUGCAUGCAUUUCACACAGACGGUUUCCGCAAUGGGGUGUAUCGUGGCUUCUUGUCCACUGUUGUGAGAGAUUUGCCGUUCAGUUUUAUCGAGCUGCCGCUGUGGGAGCUGUUCAAAAGCCUAAUUAAAGAUAGGAAUGAUGGACAGAUUACAAGUUUUCAGAGCGGGCUGAGCGGGUCGGUGGCGGGCGCGCUGGCGGCGGCGGCCACCACGCCGCUCGACCUCGCCAAGACGCGCAUCAUGCUGGCCGACGACUACGCCGCCACGCGCAAGGUGCGCAUCCGCCCCGUGCUGGCCGACAUCUACCUGCAGGCCGGCCUGCGCGGCCUGUUCGCCGGCGUCGCGCCGCGCAUGACGGCCUUCAUGGUGGGGGGGUUCGUCUUCUUCGGCGUCUACGACUAUUCGAAGAAUUUGUUUGAAAAGUAUUUCGACAGAUAGCCUCUGUGCUGUGCGCACACAGUUGGACGGACUGACUUUUAUA